UAGCUCCCCGGAACGUACGGCGGCGGCUGCCUUACGGACUCGAUGGUUAAGAUGGCGGCGCCUGGGCGACAUUGGCGGCUCUAGGUGGGCGACCUAUUUGUUGGCUGCUAAGCGCCCGUCCGGCGGGGCGUGCGGAGUGAGAGUGCGGGGCCGCGGAGGCGGGGCCAGGAGCGGAAGUGGCUGUGGGCGCCUUUGCGGACGCCGCCGCCGCCACCGAGGGGCUGGUUCAGCUUGGCGGGGUCGCUGCCAGGGAUCCGGAGCGGGUGCGCGGUGAGCGGAGACAUGGAAGGAGACGGUUCAGACCUGGAACCUCCAGAUGCCGGGGAGGACAGCAAGUCUGAGAAUGGGGAGAACGCUCCCAUCUACUGCAUCUGCCGCAAGCCGGACAUCAAUUGCUUCAUGAUUGGAUGUGACAACUGCAAUGAGUGGUUCCAUGGGGACUAUCGGAUCACGGAGAAGAUGGCCAAGGCCAUCCGGGAAUGGUACUGUCGGGAGUGCCGAGAGAAGGACCCGAAGCUGGAGAUUCGUUACCGGCACAAAAAGUCCCGGGAGCGGGAUGGCAGUGAGCGGGACGGCAGUGAGCCCCGGGAUGAGGGAGGAGGGCGCAAGAGGCCUGCUUCAGAUCCAGAACUGCAGCGCCGGGCAGGGUCAGGGACAGGGGUUGGGACCGUGCUUGCUCGGGGCUCCGCUUCGCCCCACAAAUCUUCUCCACAGCCUCUGGUGGCUACACCCAGCCAGCAUCACCAGCAACAGCAGCAGCAGCAGCAACAGCAGCAGCAGCAGCAACAGCAGCAGCAACAACAGAUCAAACGGUCGGCCCGAAUGUGCGGCGAGUGCGAGGCAUGCCGGCGCACCGAAGACUGUGGCCACUGUGACUUCUGCCGCGACAUGAAGAAGUUCGGGGGCCCCAACAAGAUCCGGCAGAAGUGCCGGCUUCGCCAGUGCCAGCUGCGGGCACGGGAAUCGUACAAGUACUUCCCUUCCUCGCUGUCGCCGGUGACGCCCUCAGAGGCCCUGCCAAGGCCCCGCCGGCCACCACCCACUCAACAGCAGCCACAGCCAUCCCAGAAGCUGGGGCGUAUCCGUGAAGAUGAGGGGACAGUGUUGUCAUCCGUGGCUAAGGAGCUACCGGAGGCUACAGCAACACCUGAACCGCUUUCAGAUGAGGACCUAGCGCUGGACCCGGAUCUGUACCAGGACUUCUGUGCUGGAGCCUUCGAUGAUCACGGCCUACCCUGGAUGAGCGACGCAGAAGAGUCCCCGUUCCUGGAUCCGGCCCUGAGGAAACGGGCAGUGAAAGUGAAACAUGUGAAGCGUCGAGAGAAGAAGUCUGAGAAGAAGGUGAUGGAGAGGAAGGAGGAGCGGUACAAACGGCAUCGACAGAAGCAGAAACACAAAGACAAAUGGAAACACCCAGAGAGGGCUGACCCCAAGGACCCCGCCUCCCUGCCGCAGUGCCUGGGGCCUGGCUGUGUGCGGGCCGCCCAGCCUGCCUCCAAGUACUGUUCAGAUGACUGUGGCAUGAAGCUGGCAGCCAACCGAAUCUAUGAGAUCCUCCCCCAGCGCAUCCAGCAGUGGCAGCAGAGCCCCUGCAUUGCCGAAGAGCACGGCAAGAAGCUUCUGGAACGCAUCCGCCGUGAGCAGCAGAGUGCCCGCACCCGUCUCCAGGAAAUGGAGCGCAGAUUCCACGAGCUCGAGGCCAUCAUUCUGCGAGCUAAGCAGCAGGCUGUGCGUGAGGACGAGGAGAACAACGAGAACGACAGCGAUGAUACAGAUCUGCAGAUCUUCUGCGUCUCCUGUGGGCAUCCCAUCAACCCACGCGUUGCCUUGCGCCACAUGGAGCGUUGCUAUGCCAAGUAUGAGAGCCAGACAUCCUUUGGGUCCAUGUACCCCACACGCAUUGAAGGGGCUACCCGGCUCUUCUGCGAUGUCUACAAUCCCCAGAGCAAAACGUACUGUAAGCGGCUCCAGGUGUUAUGUCCUGAGCACUCACGGGACCCCAAAGUACCAGCUGAUGAGGUCUGCGGGUGUCCACUUGUGCGGGAUGUCUUUGAGCUCACAGGUGACUUCUGCCGCCUGCCCAAGCGCCAGUGCAAUCGCCAUUAUUGCUGGGAGAAGCUCCGGCGUGCAGAAGUGGACUUGGAGCGUGUUCGGGUGUGGUACAAGCUGGACGAGCUGUUUGAGCAGGAACGAAAUGUUCGCACAGCCAUGACCAACCGAGCAGGCUUACUCGCCCUGAUGCUGCACCAGACCAUCCAGCACGACCCACUCACCACCGAUCUUCGAUCCAGUGCCGACCGCUGAGCUCCGCCGGCCCAGAGCCCCUCAGCCCUGCAUUCCAGUCAGGGGAGCGGCCCUGCAUCGCCCGCUUUCUGUUCCUCCAUUCAUCCGUUUCUUCCACCGCUCCUUAGUUUUAUCCCUCUGCCCAUCUACUUUUCGGCUUCCAUUUGCCCUUAUUAAAGGGCCUCUGAUUUCCCGUUGUCACGGUCUGUCCCUCUCCAUUGUUCCUCUCCAUACUCAGGGCUGGGGUGAGACCGUGGGGUUUACUCACCCUUGCCUGUACCCUCUCCGUAAACAAAUGGGUUUUGUUAAUAAAAUUUUCAACAACCAAUAA